CAUAUAUCCUUUAUCCCUCAGACAUCGCCAAUGUUUUCUCAGCGAAUUCAUCAUUCUCCAACUGCACCACUAUCAUCUUUCCACCCACAAGGCUUCAGACACUUGACUCCAUCCAUCUACAGGCACCGAUUCUCUCCCAACCCACUGAAAAGACAAACCCUCCAUCUACCGCACCACCGACCCACGUUUCUCUGCGCCCAUAAAAGCAGUAAUCUUGAAGAAGGUCCACAAGAACACUGGAAACAAUUUCUGGAAAAAUUGUCCCCCAAAAACAUUCUUGGAGCAGAGAAGGUGUUUAGACUCAUAGCUGGAGCGACCUCUAGUCCCAUUGCUCAGUACAUCCCUUCCCCUACCACUUUCUUGCACUCUACUGACCCCAGAAUCAAAUUGACGUGGCUACUUGCUCUAGUUAUUUUACCAGCAAGGUCGGGUAUUGCUCUGCGUCUCUGUUUCGUUGUCUACUUGGCUAUAUUAUCCGUACAUAUCCAACCUACAGAAGUAUGGAAGGAUCAACUAGGAAGAGUAUCACUGCUCUCUGGGGUUCUGUUUAUAAUGUUGGCUCUAAGCACGGACUCUGCACCUUCCCUUGUCUAUUCAAGAACGCCUCCACCUUCAGUGAUGGGGCUACCGACUUUCCCGACAUCUUUGAAAGGUUAUUCGUAUGUAGUUUUAAAAAUGGGUCCACUACAGAUUACCAGAAAGGGAUUGCUAACGGCAACCACAUCAGCAUGUUUAACCUUCACAGUAAUAUGCAUUAUUACCGGUUUUUUUACUUCGACGACAUAUAUUCGCCUAAAACUAACCAAAGGCUACUCUCUUUUGAUCGCCAGGUGUUUCAAAGUGCAAGCCUUUACCUGUCAACUACAACUCCGGAGCAGAUAUCAUUUGCGCUGCAAUGGUUUUUACGCCCUUUGGAUAAACUUGGUCUUCCUGUAGCAGAAGUCAUCCUUACGCUGCUACUCUCUUUGAGAUUUAUAAAUAUAGUUUUUGAUGAGGUUCGUAAUAUUGCUCUUGGGAUUGUAUCCCGAAGGAUAAAUUGGGAGCAGCUGACAACUUUUGAGACCAUUGAUGUAUUUGUCACAUACAUUCGUCGAAUAUUCAAGAAUAUUUUUGCGCAUGGAGAACAGAUAUCUCAGGCAAUGAUUGUGAGAGGCUUUCGAGGAGACAUCAAAGCACACAAAAUCUUCUUGUCAGCAAAUUCAUCAUCCCCUGUCGUAAACUGCAUUUCCUUAUGCAUACUUGCUGGCUUGAUUGCUGCAGUCACCUUGCCCACAGGGCUCUUUAUGUGACCUGCAACUUUUCAUCACUUGGCCAAAGCCAUUCUCGGGUAACGCUAGAUUCACACCUAAUAUUACCAUACUACCCCUGCCUGCACCCAGGAGGAACAACCGGCGGCAACCACCACCUUUGUUGCCCAACCGGGUUGUGGCUUUGGCUUCAUCACCCUCCACCUCCACCCACCAACAACAAGUUCUUCAUGAAAAACUCAACAAGGAUCAAAUGGAGCAGGUGGUUAAGUUGCAACUUUGAGGGCAAGUCGUGUUUCCAGGAGGGGAGUUAUAUGAUAGGUUCGAGGCUGGUUGAUUAAGCGUAGUACCUCUUUAGGAACCUCUUCAACUAGGGGUGGGAUUCAUCCUUAGUUUUUUAAAAAAAAGUAGAAAGAUUUUCCUUUGAGGAAUGUUUAUUAGGAAUAAAUAUAAUCGAUGGUCUUUUUUUUGUAUGUUUUGAGGUGCAUGGUACUAUGGAUAUAGCUUUGCAAACUUCACACAUCAUCAAUAAAAACACUUUCUUUUC